GAGGGUUCUUCCUAGUGCUGCCUGUCCCUUCCCCAGGGUGGAGAGUGGAGCCCAGAGGGACAGACGGACAGAGGGACCCAGUCCACAGACAUGGCCCUGCUGAGAUACAGGCUGCGGGCCCUGCCCUCACUCUACCUUUCCUUGCUGCUCCUGUCCUGCCUUGUAGCAUCCGUGCCGACAGAAAGCCUCAAGCCCACACCUGGCCCCGACACCAGCCACUGGAGCCUGGUAAAGACCAGGGUAAUGAAGAUGGUGGAGCCACUGGUGACCAGGACCAAGGACAGAUGGCAGUGGUUCUGGGGCCCUGACGCGGUCCAGGGCUUUGUGCAGACCUAUUAUGAAGAUCACUUGAAAGACCUGGGUCCCCGCACUCAAGCCUGGCUGCAGAGCUCCAGAGACCACCUCAUCAACAAGACCUACAGCCUGUGUCCCCGGCUGCUCUGCAAGGACCAGACUCAGGGUUAAAGUGCCCCACACCUUCCUCCUCUGGCACCCACAAUAAAGGUGUUUGCUCUUAA